AUGUUUGUCCGCCUACCAAUUCAUUGGAUAGCUGUCCUAAAUCCAAUUGUGACCAUUUUAACAGUUAAGCAUUAUAAGAGUGCCAUACAAUCCCUAAUAUUGCAUGGAACAGCCAAAGUACAUUCAACAACUUCCCAACAUACUCAGCAAGUUGUAGGAACUAAUCAAAAUGGAAAUGUUAUCAUUUAUCACACUCCGCAAAAUAAAAUGGUACCAAAGUCACCGCUAGUCUGUCAGAAGUCUACUACGUCCCCUGGAAAUUUGCCCGUGUGUUAUUGA